AUGAUUUUGCGGAUAACAGCGGUUACGCUCUUGUUAGCGGUCUGUCUCAGUGAUGCCGUAGUCGUGAAGUCACGAAGAGAGGGAUUUGAUAGCUAUGGCCCUCCACCACCCCGACCAGCGCCACAGUAUGGUCCACCGCCGCAACAACAUCAGCCACAUCGCGAAUAUGGUGUGCCACAACAAAUACCGUUCCGUGAGUAUGGCCCACCAGCGCUCAAAUAUGGGCCACCCAAGUUUAUUAGCGGUGGUGGCAGUAGCAGCAACAGCUUUAAUAACGGAUUCCAUGAGCAAAUCAAAUCACAUUUUGGCGUGCCUAAGCCAUUUUAUGGACCUCCACAUAUUCAGCAUAAACCUUCCGCUAACUAUGGUCCACCACCACAACCGCAAUACGGCCCACCUCCACGGCCUUCUGCACAGUAUGGGCCACCACCGCAAAAGCUAUCAUCGCAAUAUGGUCCACCGCCACGUCCAAGUUAUGGCCCGCCGCCACAGUCGCUACCAUCGCCAUUCCCUGCACCAUUAUUUAAGCCAGAGCAUUCUCCGGCCAGCUCUUAUGGGCCACCACCAUCUGGCCCGCUCAAUUUGCCGCCAAAACCCGUCUAUGGUCCACCCAAGCCCUCUUAUGGUCCACCGCCUUUGCCUUUAGGGGUAACAGGUCCCGGACCGGCACCAGCUAAUUUCAAUAGAGUGCCCGAAACCACGAUUAUACUAACAAGUGGAGGCGGUUCUUCUGGCGGUCAUGGUGGCGGUGGCAUUAUUGGAGGCGGCGGUGGCGGCGGUCCAGUUAAACAAGUACAAAUCCAAAUCGACGCUUCAGGUCAUACGCACAGCGUGAGUGGCUCACAAGCUCCCUUUCACACUGCAUGCGAUGGCUGGAAGCCCAUACCGGCACCAUCUGGCUCCUACGUAGAGGGCAACAACAUCGACACUCAAUCCGGUUAUAGUCAAGUGGCUCAGGGUAACUUCGGUACACAGUAUAGUGGUGGGGCAGGUGUAUCUGGCGGAGGUGUCGGUGCAACUGGCAGUGGUGGCAACGUUCUUGAUGGACUGACGGAUGCACAACUGGUUGCCGUAGCACUACAAUCGGGUGACUUCGGUACACACAUACGCGGCCCUGAGCUCCCACCAUCUGGGCCAGCAGGUGACUUUAAGCAACAAAACAUCAAUUCAAUUGAAACUGACGCACUACAGGUUUCUCUUGGCGUCGGUGAUGAUUCGUACAGCAAACCACCGCUAGACUCCUUCGCUCCCGGCUCAAUUCAUGCGCAGAAAUACAACAGCAUUGGUGGUAAUGGCGCUCCACCUCCACCCAGUGGUAAUUAUGGCCCACCUUCGCCAGUGAACAGCUAUGGUCCACCACCCAGCGGUAACUAUUUGCCGCCACCAAGUGGAAAUUACGGCCCGCCACCACCACCCAGUGAUAAUUAUGGUCCACCACCGCCACAAGCUUCUGGCGGUCAUUUUGUACAAGAACAGCAUUCCUCAUCUUCCUCUUCCUCCUCAUCCCACGUUGGCCUCCAAUAUGGUUCACAGUCUGGAAAUUUACUUAAUGUUCCAACGCACGGUGCUUCGCAACCCAGCCGUCCGGUGGCCUUCCGUCCGCCCGUGCCUCAGGGUCUACUCGAGUCGAUUGGCGCCACAGUACAGCAUUUGGAUCAGUUUGGAGUGAAACCACCUACCCAGUCACCCACAUACAUUCCACCCGCUGCUAAUGAAAUUGCCGAACAUGGGUCUGGUAAUCUUGGUCCUGAUUAUGCGCCGCCUCCACCGCCUGCGCAAGUAAACAUUCCUCUCGGCGUGAUUGAGCAACAGUUGCCGCAACAGCAACCGCCUCGGGCCUUCGCACAGGUAAAUCAGCAACAACAACAACAAAGUCACGCACAAAACACACAACACUUCCACCAUCUACAACAACAACAACAUCAGUUCCAACAACAGCAAGGCUCAUUACAGCAAUUUCCGCCAUUACUUCCACCACCACCACCACCGCAAGCUCAAUUUAAAUUUUUACCACCUUUGCAGGAACAACAUGGCAACUCACUGGACCAAUACGGCCCACCCUUGUCACCACCUCCACCACAGCAACAGUAUCUCCCUCCACCACCACCACCACCACCACAGCAAGAACAACAACAACAUGGCCGCCCCUUCCCACCACCACCAUCCCAACAAUACCUACCCCCUCCUCAAACUGGCCCAGUGACAUUCGAACAGCAAAAUAGUGCCGCUUCAAGCUCUAACUUCGAAAGCGCCUAUGCCUCUUCGCAGCAAAACGAACAGUUCAUUCAUGCGCAGGGCUUGCCACUACUGCAAGAACCCCGCUUCGCACAAGUGCACGAUUGCGGCCAAGGGCCAAAUCUAGUCGGCGCAGGCUAUCAGUUGCAGCAACAAAACCAGUACCACCAGCAGCAGCAGCAACAAUUCCAGCAGCAGCAUGCACAACAAUAUUCGGCCUCCAACUCAAUCUCUAGCACUUCAUNGCAGCAGCAACAGCAAUUCCAGCUGCAGCAUGCACAACAAUAUUCGGCCUCCAACUCAAUCUCUAGCACUUCAUCAAAUGCAUACAACGCCAUUUCACAAAGCAUUCCUGUGGCCGAGCAGCAUACGCAAUUCCUCGAACAAGAGCCAGCAGACAGCUACGGAUUACCGCAGUCGGGUAACGACAUCGAUCACGACUACGAUGGCUAUGCGUCACAGAAGUCUGCAGUGGCCGCUUUGCCAGACGGCACCGAUCCACAAGAUCUGCCCGGCCUCGAUGGGCUCAAUGUGAUUUCAGCACAAAAAUCACAGUCUAUACAGCUCUCACCCGAGCAGGUAAGUGGCGCAGCGCACUCGCAACACGAACCGACUUUCCAGUUGGAUAUCGCGGGCAAUGGCGUCAAGUCGAUUCAAACCGAGCAAUCGGCCAACCAUGAGGAAAUACUCUCCGAAGGUUUACUGCAGUCCAUUUUGACGGCUAUCGAACAGCCCCAGUCCAAGAAUGUGCAACACCAGCAUUCAGUGCAGGUAAUCACAAAUCAAAAUAGCGGCUCUUAUGGCCAUGGCGCACAAAGUCGUUCCGAUACAGACAUUAACGAAGAUGCAACGCCCGACGACGAACACGAGCCAGAAGUUGCGGAAUCCGAAAAGGUUGAAGUGCAUGUAAAUGCCGAUGGCGAAGAAAUGGCGACUGUAAAGGAAAUUAAACCGAUUGUGGCAGCAGAGGUAGAAGAUGAGCAAGCGAAGCAUUAGCGGAAAGUGAAAUAAAAAAUUACUAUUGGGUAUUGAUAUGAAAACCAGUCACAAAAAAACAAAAGUGGCGCACACACUGCAUGCUUUACAGCGACUGGGUGUAUAUUCGUAGUUACAUAUGUAAGAUCGAUGCUAGUUACCAUUACUAUUCUUAUGCAACUACUUAAUUUAUUAUUAAUCGAUAAUCACAGGAUAUUUAAUGUUUUGAAUGAAUGAAUUUUCAUCACCAAGCAAUGAAAUAUUUACUACCGUAAGCUGUCGUUAGUGUUUAAGUUCUUACCUAUAUCGCGCCAUUCUAUUUAUUAGUAAGCGUGGCAUUCAUUCUCUUUUCAUGUCAUGCACCAUUCGUUCUUAAUCACUUUUCAUUAAAGUUGCCAUAUGUUAAUUUAUGUAUGUAUAUAGCUUUGCCUUUGUUCUGGGAAAAUCUAAACCAUGUUUGUUUAUAUUUUUCAACAUCUCCAAGGAAUAAGAACAUUUGGCAAAACGAAAGAAAGCACCUUUUCAUUUAAUAACUAAACGAAAAGUAAUUAUUAACGAGCAAAAAAUCAUGUAAAUUAUAUAAUAAU